GCGUGUUUGUUGAGCCGUAUGUUUGGAGCAGUUGUCAACAGGUGUCGUGAAAGUGAAGCCCUUUUCUUUGCAGAACAGUCCAUACGGAAAAGUGUACACAAUUCGUGGUGAAAGAUAUUAAAGUGAGUCGCUAACAGGAUCGCACCUGAAUUCAAGAUGGCGCACAGUGUCGGCCCGGGACCCGGUUUGCCCGGGGCGGGCAGAUUAAUAGUGCUGCUGCUAGUGCAGCUGUUGCCGCUGCUACACCUUGGGGCGGAAGCACACGUCGCACUAACGUUUCCGCCCGCUCGUAAGUACGAUCUGGACUUUCUGGACAACUCGCGCACGAAACCACCAUGCGGAAUGCCGAAAGGUUCAUUGAAAACAUCGUUCAUCGAGGGUAGCACCUUCAACGUAACGUGGCAUCUUGCCUAUCCGCAUCGGGGUGGCUUCCGGCUGGAGAUACUUGAUGGCAGGGAGAAACCAGUGCUCAAUCUAACACCAAGCAGCAAGGAAAGGCGUUUUGUGCGUGAUGAUGCCACAGCACAGCAGUUCCAGGUAUCACUUCCAAGGAACUUCACCUGUCGGGACUGUACGCUCCGGUUGGUCCGACAAGCCGACGAAUGGGGUGGUAACUAUCGAUUCUGGUCGUGUGCCGACGUGGACGUCGUUCCAAGACGCGAACACCACGAAACCUGCUCCGGCCAUGGCAAGUUCAUUGCACGUUGCAAGUGCGACCGCAAGUAUUAUGGGCCACGGUGCGAGUUCUGGGAUGAGUGCGCUACGAAUCAGGACUGUGGCAUUCAAGGUACCUGCGUGGAUUUGGGUGGAACGUCACUACCACGGCGUCAGUGCUACUGUCGGUUGGGUUGGUUUGGACCAGGAUGUAACAAGAAAUCGCCCAUUAAGUCAACCGAUAUUGACUACUCAGUGUACAAGGCGAAGACACUGUCACCGGACCUGAACGUGUAUUGGCGCGUGCUGAAGGAGCAAAGUGAGUUAGAGGUCGUGCUCAAGGUGAAUGGUACCUCCUGGGUAGCGUUGGGUUGGAGACCACGCAAACUAACCGCGGAAUGUAAGAACUUCCCGCUAAUCGCUGCCCCAGGAGCUGCUGCACCGUCGGAAGCUGGGGUUGCAGAACCGGAACCAGUCAGCGAGCCAACGUCUGAGCCAGAACCCAACUCUGAACCGGAACCGGGAGCAGAACCUGGAGCGGAACCGGGAGCAGAACCGGGAGCAGAACCGGGUGCGGAACCGGGUGCGGAACCGGGCGCUGAACCGGAGCCCAAAUCAGAGCCGGAACCCUCAUCGGAACCUGGAGCAGAACCUAAUGCGGAACCAGAGCCGAAAAGUGAACCCGAACCCGGUGCAGAACCAACUUCGGAACCGGCAAGUGAGCCUACGUCCGAGCCAGGUAAUUAUGCAUAGUGCUCGAAUCGAAACAGGAUGCAAAAUUGACACACCAUUUUUGAUGCAAUUCUAGAACCUAAAGGAGAACCGGAGCCAGAACCAGGGGCAGAACCCGGUGCAGAGCCAGAACCCAAAUCGGAGCCAGAACCGACUGGAGAACCGGAACCGGAGAGUGCCACCGAACCCACCCCAGAACCCAAGGGAAAAACUUUGAAGAAAUCGAAGCGUGCUGUAGCCACAACUCCCGCCGCAGAACCCGAACCGGAACCAAAAACAGAACCCGCCUCAGAACCAACCUCGAAACCGAAACCGAAACCAACGGCCGCGGCAGGUCCGAAGCUGACGCUUAAUCCAUACACACCUCGUCAUGACUUUAAUCCGAUGGACUGUACCGACAUUGUGAUUGGUACGGCUCGCGGUGACAACCAUCGUGUUUGGGAUUAUUACACCCGUGAUCGAUCGACGCCUCGAAUGGACUCGUUCUGGGGUGGCAAAUCGGACCUCACUGCAACGGGAGGAUUUGAACGAGACGGUGUCACGACUAUCGUGUUCCGUCGUCAACUGUUAGCAGUCGAACCGACCGAUCAUUCGAUUGUGGAUGAUCUGAUGCAUGUGAUAUGGGCACGUGGACAGGAACCGGGUGCUUACGUGCAUUCGCCGCCUUCCGGCAUAGAAAAGGAGAUGGCAUCGGUGCGUGAGUUUUAUCAGCCGGAUGAGCUAAAGUACCACGGCCAUCGCAUGCAGCGUGGAGUGACGCAGAUCAACUUCCUCGAAGAGGAACGAGCGGUCACUAGUGGUGAUGGUGUGAUUGUACCAGCCGGUCCAGUUGGCCAUGAGUUGGACAAUGAGUGCCACGGAUUCUACAAAUACCCGAGGACGUGCGAUCCCGAGCAGGCCAACUGUGAGUACUUCUUGAGUUGGCAGACGGUGGCACGAGGCGAGGCCGUACACUUCCAUCUGGAGACGAAGCAUACGUCUAGCUGGACUGGGGUAGGCUUCAGCGACGAUCAGCGCAUGUCCCAGACGGACGCCAUUAUCGGGUGGGUGGAUAAAAAUGGUCGCCCCUUCCUGAUGGACACCUGGAUCAAUGGCUAUUCGGCGCCAAAAUUGGACGACCGACAGGAUUUGUACAAUGCGUCUGGGGCUAUCCAGAACGGACGGACUGUGCUGGACUUUACCCGUAAGCGAAUCACCGGGGACGAGAGUGAUCUGGCAUUUGCGGAGGACCGCUGUCUGUACAUGAUGUUCCCGAUUGAGGGUGGUGUAUUUAAUGAGGUGAAUAAGAAACUCGGUAAACAUGCGUCCGUUCCGGUUGUGACAGACACGCGCGUUUGUAUCAAAUCGUGCGCGAAGCAGUUUGAACAGCUGCUAACGGUGGCUGCAACACCGGCACCGGAUCGAAUCGCUUAUGGAGCGUCGAUCAAGCUGACGAAUUUGGCGACUGGUUUCCAAGUUCCGGCCAGCGGUUCCCCGGAACAUCGCGAUCUUGCUAGGUCAGUUCGGGAUACGUUCAACGGUGUGUUGCGUGAGGUGCCCGGCUUCUAUCGAACGGAUGUACAGGAUUUUGAGAAAGACGCUGAUGGGAAUGUUUUAGUGAGAAUGAAUAUUCUGGUCGAUAAGGAGAUGAAGGAUGGCACCAAGAACCCGCUUGCGGACGAUCCGGCUAAACUGGAACUGACCCUGCACAACCUAAUGGUGAACAAUCUGUCGUCGGGUAAGGUGGGUGCGUUGUCCGUAGAUCCCACUUAUCUCGAAUUCAAUCAGCUAGAAGGACAAGCCUCAUCCCCCAAGGAGGAAUACGAUCUUCUACCGGCUGGGGUGCGAUUAUAUCUGAUCCUGGGAUGCAUUGCUGGUCUGGUUUUUAUUGCUAUCGUUCAGGCGACGUGCACGAUCAUUAAAACGCGAAGAACAAAUAGACUAAAGGAUCAGUUGAUCCCCAAUUCAGCAUGGAAGGAUUACUCCUCGAACACCAACUACGCGUUCGACAACUUUGAGCCAGAAUCCAAAACACAUCAUAAAGGACGCUCAUCGGACCGUGGUUACAGCAACGGCAACAGUCAACAGACUACUUUGCAGAUGUCCCACUCGCCCAACAAGUCCCAGUACUACGAGAUUGAUCGUACGGACGGCGGUGGAAUGCCCGCACACCGGAACGGUAACUCGGGUUAUCCGUACCCGCCGGGACAACCACGUCACGGAUACGAUCGUACCGGAGAUCGAUCCUCUUAUGCCGACCGGGCGUAUUCGCUGCCGCGCCCCAUGCACCAACAGCAACAGCAACAGCAAAUGCAGCAACGACAUCAUCAAGAAAUGCAAUCACGUCCAACGAACGACUACUACACGCAGGAUCGCCGAGGAAAGUCACGCAACAGUGGUAACCACUAUGCGGGUAAUGGACAUCCACAUCAGUCGCAGCAUCAGCACCAGCAACAACAGCAGCAACAGCGACCUAUGCCAGAUUCUUCAGAUCUUUACUUUACGCCAACGCAACGAAAGUACUCCGGGGAAGUUGUGCGAGUGUUUGUCGAUUACAACAAGGAUAAGAAGUAAGAUCCUCGGACUACAACGGUCCGAAGUAUGGCUUAAUCACCUUCUCAAGUACAUUACUGUCCCAAGGAAAUGUUAGGAGGUUCAACAUAGGCUGAACAGUUACGAUCCUGUAACUACCGUUUCCCUCCCAUGUGGCCUUUUCAGGAUCAGGGCACACCUUAAAACACAACUAAAUACUCCUUUGCGAUACGACACGAUCAAGCUGCGUGCGAUCGGUACUCAUCCAACCCACACUGUACAUAAUACGUUUUUAUUGUUCAUUUUUUUGUUUCUAUUGCCAACUUAAAAUCCCCGCGUAGCGAGACCCAAUUUGUUUAAGUUAAUGUUUGUUUCGGUUUUUAACUGUGAGUUUUAUGUUGCUACCGUGUAUAAUGAAAAAAAAACGGCGACGCUGCCACGCUGCAACGAAUGCAGAACCCAGUCCAUGCCAGUGUCUUUUGAUUCUUUUAUUGGAGAUUUGUUUUAUUAGCAGCUUUUAGAGUGCGACGGCGUGCGGUGAGGCACUAGCCGUGUGUGAAGUUAGGGAUAUCUAGAGAGAAAGAUUAGUAAGAAGGUAAGGAGUGGAUAGAUAUUUCCCACCGUGAAUUGAAACCGGUGAAACUAGUGAGGGAUUUGUAGGAUAUGACUUUUAGCUAAUCGAACGAAUAGGUAGAUGACACGUGGAGCGCGCUAUACGGAGGACGGAACAACCACUCUGGUGUACUAUAAAUGCACCACAGCUCCGUUUUCCCAUGCCCAUGAAAGAGCUCUUUGUAAAGAAACGAACGCGGACCACCCCAUAUUUUAAUCGCUUUACCGGUAACAAUAGAAUGGUUUAAAAAAGAAACACAGUAACAAUAAAAGACAGAAGAAAACUCCCGUAC